GUCCGAUGAUCUGAUCUGUACAGCGAACACGAACCCCCUCCCUCGACAUCGCUCUCUUACAUCCGUGGUUUUGCAAAUCAGAUAAAACCAUUCUUAGCCUCUCCUCGUUUCUACUUCACUCUAACUCAUCGUUGACCAUAAUUUAAAGAAACCGAUGAUUACAGAAGUCUUUCCAGACUUGGUGUUUCUCCAAUUUGCGUUUUCGUUUGACGUUUCAUAUGGUGGGAAGGGCACUGCGAUUAGGAGGUUGAUUUAUACGGCAUUGGAAGGGGAAGGUGUGGCAGGGUGGACACGUGGAAGGCUUAUACGAUGUGUACAUGUCUUGAGCAGCUGCGUCCGUUUGUUGAGAAGGUUGGAUCUAAUCGCUCCACAAGGUUCGCCUUCAAACCUUGGGAUGGAUUUCGUCGAAAGCAAGUAGAGUUUGAGGAUAGAGAUCCGGAUGUGCUGAUCGUCGGUGAAUUGUUUUUUACGCUGACCGUUCUACUCGUUUGUUUCAGGCCACGAUAUCGCCCGAGACUUCGCCAGCUUUGCAGACGCAGCAGACUCUAUCUCACCCAUUAUAGGUUCUGAACAUACCUCUAAACUGCACAGAGUCGGAGGGUUGAACGAAGCGGGGGGAACUACACGCUGUAUGAAGACACUCCGGGGAAAGGCGUUUGGAUCGGAAUUGGGAAUCUUGCAAUUGGAGUUAUGUGCUUGUGUUGGAAAUUAAAGGGAGGUGAAGCAUUGAAUAUCUAACGAUCGACGUUUACAACGAAGUGUAUUAGAAGAACUUGCUAUCGGAUACCCC